AUGGAGAAAUUGUUUAAAACUGAAGUUAAACAAAAUAGACCAUGGCUAACCCCAGCACUUAUAACAACUUGCUCAUCCUUUUUGACGAGCAGCAAUGAUCCUCAGAUUCGCCAUAUAGGUGAUGCGGGGCUGGGACGUGAGCCAGGCGCGGGACACAAGCGGUACGCGGAGGCGAGCGGGACGCGGGAGGCGAAGACUCCGCACGAGCGGGAGCGUCCAAUUGAAAGCCGAUCCAGCAGGAUUUAUGGAGUCAAUUUCCUGUUUUAUGGCUGUCUGAGGAGGUGUGAGGAGCUGGUGGUGUUUCGAUUAUAUCCUACUCUAAAGGAUAGAUCUUCAGAACACUCAUUUCACCAUGAAACUCGAAAGUGGUGCCAAGAUAUGGUUGACCAACACUUUAAUCAAUAUUGACAACACUAGGGCUACCAUCCAUUUUGAUAGCCUCAAAAUCCCCGCAUAAGCUACGAUAAUUGUUGUCGUAUUUGUUUGCAGAAUGCAUCCGUGAGGCCAUCCUGUAAUGCCUCAUCCUGCAACUACACAACAUGUCGUGCUCACCAGUCCGUGCAAGGCCCAAAACUUGCUUAAGCUAAUGUUAUUGAAGUUUCCAAAAGAGGACAUUGGUAUUUGAAAAAUUGAUUACUAGUGAAGCUCCAACCAUGAGGAAAACUAUCACCAGGCAAAAGUUUUCAUUGGUGCUCGUUCAUUGGUUUGCUACCAUAUUCGAUGCACCUUUCAUGUUGAGCAGACAUGAUGUUGAAGCUUCCUCAUCUGGAAGAAAACUAACUCGAAAACAUAAGAGAAAGAAUGUUGAAUUGCAAGAUCAACAUCUUUUACCUGAGCAACCCAAUACUUCAAUGACAUUGAUGCCAGAAGGAGUCUUUUUUACCCACAAUCUAUUCAAAAAUUUGAAAUGGGUAAAGCCGAACAGCUCCACUGGCAAUAUAAAGCAAUCUUUCUUGAAUCAACCAUGCUAACCUCUGUUUGAAGAAACGAAGAAACUAGGAACCAUGCUCGCCUGAGUACACAAGGUUCUAAAAAUAACAAAGGAGAUAGGUCUAAUGAAAAAGAAGUACGAAAGAUCCAUUAUAACUAUGACAGAUCAAAAUCUAACUAAAAUACUAUCGGCAAUAUUUGUCAUAAAUUAGCUCAGGCAUGUUUCACUCGACAACGGGGCGUGACACCCAGACAAAAUGUCCAAGAAUCCGUUGCUAAAUGGUCCUGCGAAAAGGUGAACAAAUAUGGAGGCUGACCCCCUGAGAAUGAAAAUUGUAUUGAGAAAAUGAAAGGCGUGGUUGUAAAAAUGGCUUGUAAUAA